AUGCUUCUCACUCACCUGCGUUUCUCACAUGCAUCGCAUGAUGCUCUAAAUCUCCCCUCAUCUCCUCUCUCUACCCUCCUCUCUCGUCCCCUCUCAUUUCCCUCCUCUCUGCGCCUCCUCCUCAUCUCUCGCAACAGCAUUCCGUUAUCCACUUGCACACAUGCACUCUCUCCUCUCCUCCCUUACCCUCACCUCCCUCGCACCUCCCUUCCAGACGGCCACAUCCUUGUUCGUCAAGAGAUUGAUCUGCUUACUGAGGAGGGCGAGCAGGGCCGCAUGCCUGUCACUAUAAUGAGUCUGCUUGUACCGGAGCACAGCAAUGCACAGCAGGAGCAGGUGGAAGGGCAUGGCCGGAGAGCAGCAGUGAUUAUACUGCACAGCACGGGCAAGAGCAAAGAGGCUCUGUUGGAGAAGCAGAAGGAGUUGGCGUGUCUCAAUCUCAUCGCCAUCACAUGUGACCUUCGCUACCAUGGCGCCUGUGCGUCCUCUCCUGCUGCAUACUCCGAUGCACUGGUGCGGGACGUGUGGGAUGUGCUUCGCCUCAUGGAUUAUCUCACAGCUGUUCACACGGACACCAUCGACCCCUCACGCAUCGGCAUCACCGGCACAGACACCAUCGACCCCUCGCGCAUUGGCAUCACCGGCGUCUCCCUUGGCGGUGCGCGUUCCUUCCUCUUCCUAUCCUAUGGCGCCUCACAAAUAGAGUCCUCCCUUCUGCGGCGUGACUGCCUAGCUCCGGCUGCUCCCACUCCCAUGAUCGGCGUGCAGAUGGGCAUGGUGGCAUGGCUGGCGGCUGCAGCAGACCCUUGGAUAGCAGUGGCUGCUCCCAUGAUAGGCGUUCAAGUGAGCAUGGUGGCAUGGCUGGCGGCUGCAGCAGACCCGCGGAUAGCCGCAGCUGCUCCCAUGAUAGGCGUGCAGUGCUUCCGCUGGGCGGUGGACAACAACUGCUUCCACGCCCGAGUGGCCUCCAUCCCACAUGUCUUCAACGCAGCAGCAGAGGACAUGGGGAAGGCACACGUGGACGCUGAGGUGGUCACAGCAGUGUGGAACCGCAUCACCCCCGGGUUGCUGCAAUGGUUUGGCCCUCACAACUCCCUACCAGCCAUCUGCCCCCGUCCGCUGCUCAUUCUGAAUGGGGAGACCGAUCCGAGGUGUCCCGUGGAGGGUUUGAAGGGAGCAGUGCAGGGAGCAGAGGAGGCGUACAGCCGGGCAGGAGUGUCGGACCACUUUGAGUCCCAUGUGGAGCAGGGGGUGGGGCAUGAGGUGACAGAGGCAAUGUGGCACAAGGCUAUUGCAUGGAUGCAGAGACACCUAGUGGCGCAAUGA